UCGGAGAGCCACAUUUGGCGAAGCUCCCCAGAAAGGACAGAGCGCGACCGCAGGAUGAUCAAGCGACAAGCGUCCAAGUUCUUGCGGACGCCGAGCAUGGAGGAGGAAGGAGGUGCUGAUGAAGCCACUCGGCUUCUCGAAUCCGCCCAAACCACCCCGACUGUAGUGUCCGUGGAAAGUGGGGCCGUGGGAGCCGCGUCCACAACGACCCACGUCUCAUUUGUCCAUGCCGUCCGCAACAUCUUGUUCGGAUCGUAUGUGAACUUGUUUCUGGUAUUUGCGCCUUUUGCAGUGUGGUCGUACCUUGCGGAAUGGGGCGACAUUCCCGUGUUCGUGUUCAACUUUCUCACGAUGCUCCCCCUCGCGAGCAUGUUGGGAGAUGCCACGGAGGCUCUAGCAUUCCAUGCAGGCGAUACGAUUGGCGGGCUCGUGAAUGCCACGUUUGGCAACGCUGUCGAAGUUAUCAUUGCUAUCUUUGCCCUCAAGAAAGGCGAAGUCGCGCUCGUCCAAAGUUCGCUAAUCGGAUCCAUGCUGUCCAACAUGCUUCUCGUUCUUGGGUCUUGUUUCAUCGCUGGCCACGUCGGUGGCGCGAGUGAGUCCGUCUUCAAUGCUCAAAGCGCGUCCGUCAACAUGUCGCUCCUCUUCUUGUCCAGUUUUGCCAUGUUGGUGCCGUCCUAUUACCAGUACAGCAAGCCCUCGAUCGACCUCCCUCUUCUGAACAACGACGACGCGGUCCUGGGGCUGUCACACAUUUCUGCAUUGUUUCUCAUUCUCAUGUAUAUUCUGCUCAUGGUAUACCAACUCGUGACCCACCGUGCCAUCCUUGCAGAGAAGGACGAGGACGAAGAAGAGCCCGAGCUUUCGUUCCAAGGAUCGUUGGUUGUGCUGCUCGUCAUGACGUUACUCGUGUCGCUGUUCUCCGAGUUUCUCGUUUCGUCUGUCGACGGGUUCACUGUCAGUGCUGACAUCCCCAAGCCAUUUGUCGGGAUCAUUUUGCUGCCGAUUGUCGGCAACGCUGUCGAACACAUUACCGCGAUCAAGGUCGCGUUGAAGAAUAACAUGGAGCUCGCGAUGGGUGUCGCCGUCGGCAGCGCGACUCAAAUUGCCGUAUUUGUCGUGCCUGUGUGUGUCAUUGCGGGGUGGCUCAUGGGCCAACCCAUGACGUUGGCGUUCAAUGCGUUCGAAGCAAUGACGUAUGUCGUGUCCAGUGUAAUUGUGUACGUGGUCGUAGCUGAUGGAAAGAGCAAUUGGCUCGAAGGCGCCAUGUUGAUCGUGCUGUACUGUCUUGUUGGUGUUGCCUUGCUCGAGAUCUCCAUCUAAAUUGCCCGUGCAUCCCAUCGAGGGGUUCAAACACCGUGUGCCGUAGUCCCUGCCAAGCUAAUUCUCAUGGAUUGUACAUAAUUCACCUACUCGAUUUGCAUACACCGCUCUGGCGUAUGCAUUUCUUCGACAUA